CUCGUUUCCGAGGCUGGGGCUCCCCUCCAAAUGUGUUCUCCAGAGAUGUCACGGAGCAGCGACGUGGAUGUGAGACGAACCGAAACACGACAUGAAGCUACCCACGUUAAAGCCCGCCGGCCAGGUAACAAGGUAAAGGAGGAGCUUGCGGACACAUGGCUCUGUGUCACUGGGCCCUGGUGGCGGCCAUGCUCUGUGGCCCGGCACGGACCCAGCGCCCCCCAGGGAUCCCAGGGCGGACCGCCGAGAACGACGUGCCCCUGCAAACGGCUGCGUGGCUAGCAGAAGGCAGGAUCACAGCCAUCCAUCUGCCCAAAGAGCGCCCCCGGAGACUCUACUUCACCUUGCCCAAGAAGACCUCGGCCUUCUCCGUGACCGUGGUGCCCUGUGACGUGCCCGUCGAAUGGAGCCUGAUGGUGAGGACGGCAGAGGACGAGCCCCCCAAGCAGCAACGGACCUACAAGAAGAGCAUGCCAGAAGUUUGGUGGGGGAACUCCAGGAAAAACAUCAAGGUUUAUUCUAACGUAGGCAACGCCGUGGACACCUACAGAGGUCCAGCCUACGCGCCUGCAUCCAUCUAUGUCGUCAAGCUGCAGUCAAGGGAGCACAGCACCAAGGUAUCUGUGUACCUGCAGGAGGGGGCGGGGCUUCCAAAGGUCUUCCCGGAGCUGCCCCCUGACCCUCAGGUCCGCGUGGUGGGGGUGGGAAUGAGCAGCGUCACUCUCCGCUGGCCGUCCAGCCCUUCCGUCCCCAAGGUCCACCAGAGCAACACCAGCCUGCAGUACUGCGUGCUGGUCAACCUCAAGCAUAACUACCGAGGCCUUUGUGCCGCUCUGGAGGCCUUGAGGAGGGAUAAGAAGAUAGAGGAGGUGAAGCGGCAGGGAGCGACAUUGUGGCCCACACCCAAGGCGUGGAAGCAGCAGCUGGGGCCCCACAGGAAGGAUGUGGUGUUCCCUGCUCCUGUUCCGGACGGCCCGCCGGAGUUACCAUGUGUCUGCCAGGGUGUGGAGAACACAUGCACCGUGUCGGAGCUGCAGCCAGACACGCUCUACUAUCUUGACGUGUUCCUGCUCGACAGCUCGAGCGGCAGCAGCGCGGCUUACACUGGGACGUCCGCCCGCACGCACCAGGAGGCCCGGCCCACGGGAACCGCACUGAGGGACAGCAAGCCCCGCUGGGUGGCCCUGGCACCGCACGGCGGCCGGCUCCUCAGCUUCCGACCCCGCGGCUGGCCGCCCCGAGCUCUCCUCACCAUGCAGGUGUGCAGCCCCCACCAAGUCAGGGUCACGGCUUCUGGCCAGACACAGGUUUUGGCGGCAGAAAUUGUGGCUGAGGAACCAGUGCAGAUAUGGCUCCAGGGAAGUCCAUCCUACCUGAUAUAUUUGGAAAACGAGUCCCCCGCCACAGUGGCGGAAGAGGCCAUUGUUAAAAUCCAGGCCUCCUCCGCCUAUCACCGGCAAGCCCCUGUCCUCCCACCUCUCCGGACCGUGAAGUCCUAUAGCAAGCUCAAGACCUGCAACUCCGUCACCGUCGGCUGGCACGGGACGGAGGAAAGGAACCUGUACUGCGUCUACCACCAGCAGCUGGACAGCCAAGGAGGGCCCACAGGCCUCGAGCAGUGCCUGGGCCCGGAGUCCCGUAGCGACACAGAGCGGGCCGUCUGCAAGUACUUCCAGGACCUCAACCCUCAGGAGGCCGUCUCUACUGCCACCAUUGGCGGCCUGGAGCCUGGCACGGCCUACCUGUUCGACGUCUAUAUGGUGAGACGUUUCGGGAUCGCGAUCAAAUACCACAGCAAGAUCGUGCGCACCAAAAAAGACUGCUGAGAACCAGCGAUUUAUCAUUCCCUGGAGAGAUCACCCACAGACGGGCAGUAUGCUACUCACAGCUUCAGGCUAGACACCCUGUUCCAACGCCGAUGCUGUAGUAUGCAUCAGCAUUACUGAUACCGUCUAAAGCAGUUUCCCUAUCCGGUCCUCCCCCGACCCACAGCCAGUCCAGUGGUGGACUGUCUGUGGGUCCUCAGACUGUAUUGGGAAACAUGGGUCUCAGGGGUUAGGAGUGUAAACACAAGUAGGGAGAAGAAGAAAUGAGAAGAUCCCAACUAUGGCUUUCCAGGGAAUCUGACGUCUGCUUUUUAAAUCACUUGAGGGGUCUGUGUGUUACUUCAGUGUAUUCAUUGGAUUUCCGUUCCACACUUCAUUGUAGUGUCAUUGCAUUCAAAGAUGUGUAUUUCACACAAGUCACCAAUUUAUUAGUCUGUGAUCCUUUGAACUGUCAUUAUUAAACCCUGUCUAUGACAAUGUCUCUGUUUGUGAUGUCUUAGUUACGUAUGCAAUGUUCCCUGCCAUAACAAUAAAGGUUAAAAUACAAAAACAAA